AUGUUUCUAAGAAUUGUUAAAAGGGCUCCAAGCCAUGCCCUAAAAUGUAAAUUACUUUUUAAGAAAUAUCUACACAUUUCAGUUGGGUUGAGUAACGAGAAGAUUCUUGAGAACCAAUCCCUGCUAUUAAACGACAGUGUCCUAAAAAUAAAAAACAAAAAUGCAAAGAAAAUGCUGGAAGUGUUAUCUCUGAGGAACCCAUACGUUGGAAACAAUAAAGUCAACUUCCUGUCACAGUUCAUCAAAUCAGAAAAGAAGAUUUAUCCAAAUAACAUAAUUUUAUUAAGAAAUGGACUGAAAUAUGAGUCAUUUGAUACAGAUUCAGUACUUUUGGUGGAACAUUGUGACUUGGAAUUCCUAGCAGAGACUGCACAUGUUGAGUUUCCUGUUACAGAACUAGAAAAAAUCGUAAAUAAAUUAUUGGAUGCAGGAAUUGACGUUAAUGUGUACGAUGAAUUGGUUAAUGGAAGUAUAUUUACAAAUGAAAAUAAAUCCUUGUACCUCAAUAGAAUAUUCUAUUCAAAAAAAUUGAUGGAUAAUGAGGUUGAAAAAGAGAAGAAUAAUUUUGGUGAAAUAGAAUCCAUAAAUGAAUCGGAAGGAUUGGAAAUAACUACAGAAGCUAUAUCUAAAAGUGAUAAUAAAAUAGUUGGACUAGGAUACGAUGAGGAUGGUUACAGCAUUAGCGUCGUAGAUUUGAAGGGUGAAGUGUCGAUAUACAGGAACUUAAAUGAGAUAUGCGUUGAAGAUUACCUAAAUAAACUUAAUAACAGGAUAAUCAUCUUACAAGACGGAUCAGCCAAGAUAAAGUCAGUCUUCAAGAACCUACCAAACGUCUUACAUUAUCAUAUUAUGCAGGGCGGAUGUGUUGGAGAUGCCUUUCACACGUCGGUUCUUCAGGAGAUUAUGACAAGAAUUAAUAUGAAAAUUAAUUUUAAGGUAAACAUAGUAAAUUUGAGGAGUUUAGAAACAGGAAGAUUUAAUUACUUGGAUAACAGAGUUAUUAACAAACUCGGGAAUUUUCAUGAACAAAUUGUCCCGAAUAAUUCGCCCAGUUAUGUAAAGAGGUACUUUAAGAGACUGCUUUACAGGUACCCAGAGGAGUUUAGUGGAACAAUAAGGGAGAUAAAUAAGAUACUUUCAAACUUAACAGUAUCGAUUAUCCAAGUUAAGAACGUCUACAAUUUGGACGAAUUGUCGCUGGAAAAUCUAGUCUCACUAAUAAAUGUGUAUAAAUAUUACUCAGAAAAUCUCCCAAAAAAACUCGUUCAGUUACUCUUCGAUCUCGUGGUUAAGGACUUGAACGUCGGCGUCAAGCACGAAAAUUUGAACAAAAUUUUUCGUAAAAUGACUAAGGUUGUGGAUUCAUAUGUUUCUAAAGAUUGGAACAACCAGCCAAAACCACAAAAUUUUCUGUUUCGUCAACUAAUACAGAAGAAGAGCAAGAGUGAGAUGAUAAACAGGAAUUUAUUGGAGAAUGAGUUGAAUAGAGUUGAAAGAUCAUUUGAAAGAUUAUUGAGUGAAAUUUACACCAAGUUUGUUGACUCCCAGUCUGCCAAUGUUAGUGAGUAUUUUAAAAGUAACAUGACCAGUGAUAUCCGAUAUAACAAUAACAUGAUAUACCUAAAGAAAAUAACCGGCAAAGUCAACCAUGUGAAUUUGAAUACCACACAGGUUGUUGAAGAUAAAAAGUUGAUUAGUUGCUAUGUAAGUGAUCAAGUAAAUUUAAGGCUGCUGGAGUAUAUAAACGAGUGCCAGGUCCUAGAUCAUAAAGUUUCCGAAGUCAUCUCAAAGUUACAAAAGUCACUUAAUCCCUACAAACAACUAAUUCAAAUAGUUUUACACUUUGUGGUAACACUUCAGAGUUUUUAUGAGCAUGUUACCCAUGCUAUUUUAAAUCAAUGGGCCCUAGUUGAGCCCAAAGGAUUAGAUGUGGAUAUAUCAUUAAGUUCAAUUUUAAGUAAUUUGGGCCUAUACUGUCCUUCCAAACAUGAUUCGUGCUCUGUUGAUACCAACAGUAAUUUUAAUAUUGAGAAUAAAGAGGUACGUGAAAAAAAGAUUAAUAGGGCCUUGAAAAGGUUAGAUCCAAAACUCGUUGAUAGAGUGAAGAUGUUAAUAAACCAUUUAUAUAAUCUCACAAGCUUUAACAUUGAGCGUGACUUUGUGCAUUUAUCCUAUGAUAACUUGCCUCCUCCGAGCUUUACAAACUCUCCAAUAUUGUACAUUUUAAUUUUUAAUACCAGUUCAUCAGCAAUGGACUUUCAGGAUACACCUGAAGAUGAAAAGGUUGACAGCUUGUUAGUUUAUGUUGGUGAAACUGGCGAUAUUCUUAGUAGAUUGCAAAGACAUAGAAGUAAAAAAAGUGUUCAUUUGAGUGACUAUUUUCAGGAACAAUUCAUCAAUUAUAAUCAAGAAUUAAACAAUUAUCUACAAUAUAUAUAUAUGAAAAAUGCAGGUGAUAAUGGUAAUAAGAGUGAUAUUGUCAAUAAGAGUGGGUUGAUGGUAGAAUUUAAUAAAAUGGAAGCAAUAUUGGUAAAAUUGAAAAGCAGAAGAGAAUGUAAAGAAGCCGAGAAGAAAAUGAUACAAUUCACAUACAAAUACCCGGAUCUAUUCAUAACGCUGUCGAAACGUGAUGGACAACAACACCAUAUACCAUACGUAGACUAA